AUGGUGGUGACUUUUGUAACAUGUAACUCUGCUGUGACAGCAGAGAAAGAGGGUUUGUUUGUCAUACCUUCAGGAAAUAUAAAGUUUAAUCCUAAUCAGAAGAGCACGUAUGAAGAGGAAAUAUCUUCUCUAAAUCAAUUUUUUAUAGACUACUACAAUGCUACCAAAGCUGAUGAUACACAGGUGAUUACAUGUCCCCCAGGAUUUGAACCAAAUGCUACACAAGUCUGUAUUUUGCCAGAGCUUGGAUGUAAUCCAGAAAAUGUUUGGAACUACAACACAACAGCUCCUUGCAUCAUAUUGUCUUACAAUGGGACAACUACAUUUGAUCCUUACGAUGACAUUGAGGAAUUACCCAGCCAGAUGCCCAAUCUACUUAAAGACCUAAUUGCAGAGUUCUGGUACUCUAAUACCAUGCCAGAGGUUAUAUGGGUGUCUUGCACAUUCGGUAGAAUGUACUCCUACUACGCUCCCUUCUUAAAUACAAACCUACCAGGCUAUCGGAAACCUAUAGUUGCAUUGAAGCUGAUUCUUUGCAAUGAAAUUAACACCACAGUUGAAAUUAAUUGCAAUAUGUGGGCCAAGGGUAUUGACAACGAGAAAAACUCUGAAACAUCAGUCAAAUUCACUGUAACAGUGGAAAAAAAUUGA